AUGGAUCUUAAUAACUAUUUGUGUUGGAAGUCUCAAUUUCAGGAUAUCCUAGAGAUUCAUGACCUCAAGGAAGUUGUGAAAAGCGAUGCACGACCUGACAAGAAACUAGCAGAUGGCUCCAUCAAUCGCGCCUCCAAAGACAAGCUUGUGUUGAGUUGGAUCAAGGCCACAUCAUCCCCACAAAUCAAAACUCUCCUUAUUCCUUGUACGACAGCAUCCGAAGCAUGGUCUCUCCUUAACAAGAGACUCUCUCCUCUCUCUAAGACUUAUGUUCGUACCCUGCGAGAUCGAAUAAAGACCCUGAAGAAAUCAGAAAACACGGUUGCUAAGUACUUCAUGCUUGCCAAAUCCCUCUAUGAUUCUCUUGUUGCGGCUGGAUCUCAAAUGACAGAUGAAGAGCUUAUCGAGUAUACUCUCGAUGGUCUAGGUCACGACUAUAAGGAGUUCACAACAUCCCUUCGCCUCCGCGCCUCGCUUUCUUUUGAUGAGUUCUAUGACCUUCUCAUUCAGGAGGAAUAA